AUGACAGUGUUUUCAGGGUUUUACAGGAUAAAGUUUUUGUAUUUUUCUCUGCAUCUUUAUAAGAGAACGCAAGGAAAAGGGGUGUUGAGAACCAGAGAAGCAGUGGAUCGGCUGGUUCCGGCCCCGCCUCUGUGGUCCGCAGAACUGCACAGUGACCACGCUCCAAAACAGAGCUACAGGUGCCGACCAGCCUCAGACGGGGCUUCACGUCACAAAAGCAAGCGACGCAGGUCACCACUGCAGAAAACCUGCAGAAGACAAGUUAAGUGCAUCUUAUUUUACAAUUGUCAGAUCAAGCAGUCACCCAACCCCCUCAAACUGAGGGUGCCAAGGAAACAGGGCCGUCUUCUAGAGCCGCAGACUGACACACGGCCCGCUCUGGGCCACCCUCUCCUUACCCCACGGGGCACCUCCCUGACAUGGCCUUUCAGGACACAGGAAGAUGGUGGCAGAGCGGGAGGACCCUACGCUUGCCUCGUCCCACAAAUUCAACUAGAUAAUUGUCAGAUAAUUCUAAAUACCCCAGAAAUGGAGCUGAAGACUUGCAGAACAAAUUCCAUGGUUCAAAGGAGAGAAGACACUGCAUCGAAGAAGGUUUGCGUGGACUUCAUAUCAUACAGUCUAAUCUGUGCGGACUGUAUAGAUGGUCGUCAUCAUGAAGGAGACCCAUCGGUGGGAGUGACCAGAGAACAUACAGCUGGCAGCUCACACGGUGGGGUCCUUUAUCACCUCUUUCUCCAUAGAGACCAGGGAUGAGGCAGCUUUACAAUCUCACAGAUCCCUCUACAAAGCUUAUUUUAUUCAUCACAUAAUUGUCCUCCAAAAUAUUUGAACAUCAAGCCCUUAUACAU